UCAAAGAAAGAACGCACGGUGAAGAAGUCAAGAAAUUUUCAAUCAAGUCGCCGUUGGUGAACAGUUGCAACGCAGCGAUACUUCGCUACAGAUCGCUAGAACUCUGACCGGUACAUAUCGCUAUCUAGCGGAGAAACAAAACACAAUCACACCUGUUCUACCACUCUACCUGGCCCACAGGUGAGUGGGGGUUACCUGGCUGCAUUACGUCACGUGACAGAAGUUUUUAACGUAAAAAACUAGUAUAACCGCACCUUCCGUCCUCCCCUAAAGUGCAACAAAAACGAACGGAAAAUGCACCACAAAAGGGGUUUUUAAUCGUCGAUAUAACGUUUUUGUGAUCAAAUUCGAUUGUGAUUUAAGUUUUUGGGUACCUGACAGGAUCAAAUUUUAAUACGACUGAUGCAGUGGUGAAGAAUGCGAGGUAUUUCGAAAUAACACCGUUGCAGGCAUUGUUUGUGUUCAAGAAUCUGUGAUUUUUCGUAAAUAGAAACAAAAAACAACGCGAUUUUCAAACUUUUAAUCAAUCUAGUGAUAUGAUAGUGCUCAUCGUUUGAUCCAAAAUGUGUAAAUUCAAAAGGACGUUACUACCUUUAGCCUUAUUGUCUUGUUUCAAAUUUGUUUACUUACAACCAAGUACUGAUACCUUGACGGAACAUCCUGGCGGGACUGUGGUAAAUGAUAAAAUAUUUUUUAGUAAAUCUAAAAGUCCUUAUUGGUUGAGGAAUGACCUCAUAGUUGAAUUUGGCGCUGAAUUGGUGAUUGAACCAGGUGUGACUGUGAAAAUUGAACCGCAAGUUGGAAUAACAGUCCGAGGAAUUUUGACAGCGGAGGGAACGGAAAACGAACGAAUAACACUGACAGCAAAAGACGAUAAAACAUCUAAGAAUGUUAUUCUACCUGACAUCCGGUUGGUGGAUGGGCCAACUAUAUUGGCAGGACGUGUUCAAGUCAAACACAAUGGACAAUGGAGGAGUAUAUGUACGAAUUCUAGGAAUUGGACAAAUUUUGACAUGGCCACAGCUUGCCGGCAAUUAGGAUUCCAAGGUGGCACAUUUCACAGCUGGCACAACAGACAAAUGCCCCUAAAACCGCGUAUCCUUUAUGAAGAGCCAAACUGUUCAGGAAGAGAAAACUCAAUAUUUGACUGCCAAUGGGACAAAAGACAAAUGGGAUCCGGCGUAUGCGACUACCAUCCAGACCUCGGGAUAGAAUGUAUGACAAGGCACGACACACCUUUACCAUUUUGGAGAGGAAUAAGAUUCGAGAAUGCUGCCAGUACUAAGAAGUUAACACUGUUUAACACUCUGUAUGUGCCAACAUCUAGCUCUACACUUAAGUUUGUGAACAUAUAUUACGCUGGAGCAGGAAGAGACCAGAAUACAACUAGUGCUUUACACGUCACUGGAGUGCCUCCAAUAGUAGACCAUUUAGAAAUAUUUAAUUCUGCUUAUAAUGGAAUCAACAUUACAAAUCCAGAUGCUCCUGUAACGAUAAACAAUUGCAAAAUACGAAACAGUAGAGGAUAUGGCAUCUUUAUUAAUUCCAGUUAUGGUCUGGCUCAUAUCGACGGUUGUACUGUAACGGAAAAUGGAGGAGAUGGUAUUAGGUUUGUAAGAGCUGAGGAGCGGCCAGAUGAAAGAGCGGAUAGAAACGGAUAUAGCGACUUUUGUCAAUUAGCUCUAGCUUCUAGUCAGACAUUUCCAGUUCAACUGUUUGCUGAACAAACUCUCUUUUUAACCAAGGAGCUAAUCUGCAAUAAAGUGUUUACAACAAGAUAUGGGCAUGUCUUGACAUUAAACUUUAUUCGAGCUGUUACAAAUCGAAACGACAGUUCCUCGAUAGAAAUCCUUGAUGGCUCCACACUGAACAACAGAAUCAUACAGUCGUUCUCAAUAAGAAACAACACAAGACCUCAAGCGAUAACUAGUACCUCCAAUCAACUGUAUAUAAAAUUUAGAGCUGCUCCAAUGACUGAAACUUCUAUUUUUAUGAGAAUAACAUCUGGUCUUCGAAAAUCGUUUGAUGUGAACGUCAGCAACUCCGAUAUAUCAGAAAACGUAGGAAGAGGUGUAGCUGUGGAUAACUUGAGGUCUCAGGUUCAUAUACAUAAGACAUCUGUUUCUAAAAAUGAGCAUGUAGCUGGUAUACAUGUAACAAGCGGUGUAGGGGAUGUAAAUGUGACAGAGAGUCGUGUGUCUUUCAAUGAAGGCGAUGGAAUUAACGUAACGUACACAGGUGGUAGUAGGAAUAUAUCCAGGUCUUCUAUCAGUUCGAACAAGGGCUAUGGUAUUGCAAUUUGGCUAAAUAAUACAGAAAAAACUGAGUUUAUUAUGGUCAAUCAAACUACUGUAGUCCAAUAUUCUGAAAUAUACAAGAAUGUAGAUAUUGGUGUUCUACAUGGUAACUAUUGUGGAGAUGCUUUGUUUAAUUUCACCGAAAACAGCUUUAAAAACUGCUUAAAUGACGCACUGGAGGUACUAUCUUGCUGGAAACCAACCAAAACCCCAACUAAACUACAAAUUGGCCACAACAGAUUCAUGGGCAAUGAGAAGAUUUCCUUAAAGAUAUAUCCUGCCAUCAACUUAAAGGCAGUUGUAGAGUACAAUCAAUUCAGGCAAGGCACAUUCGGCGGACUUCUGAUAAAGACUAAACCUUUGGAAGAAUUUAACGUUUUAGUCAAUGAUAUAGUUGUUACACAAAAUUAUUUCUUAAACAAUUCUGGAAUAUUUGUUGUGAAUAUUGGACUUUCUCCGUAUUCAGAAAGUCAGUAUUUACUAUUUACAAGAAAUUUCGUCAAAAGCAACAAAAUCAGCGAGCCUUUCCAGAUGGAAGAUGGUACUGCGUCCAAUUUGAAUCCAAGAAGUAGAGUUUCAGCUCCAGUUGUGGUGGGAUCCAGCAACAUUGACAUAUUUAGAAAUAUUAUCGAAAAUCCAGAUUCCAAAUAUGAAAUUGGUAGUCAUUUGGAAGACCAAAGCAAAACUAUAAACUGCACCUAUAAUUGGUUGGGAUUUGGUAAUGAUGAACACAUUUUUCACAGGAUAUUUCAUCGUUACGAUAGAUACAACCUAGCAAGAAUUUCGUUUAUACCAUUUCUUUUACACAACACUAAUCCUCUUACAUCCAGAGUCAACGCCAAUCAAUUUUACGUACCCAAAUUCCUCGCUGAUGGGUCUGACAAACUCGGAGGUGAAAUAGAAGGUGAAGAAAUUAUCACAAGAGGAGAAUAUAUGGUUGUUAGGGACAUUAGUAUCCGACCUGGUGGGAAACUCAGCAUAGAACCUGGUGUAACUCUUCGCUUUCCACCAUCUAUAGGUAUAAUGGUAGGAGGCCGUUUAGAAGCCAAAGGUAUAGAACCAGAUAGUAUUAAGUUUACUAUUAAAGAAGAACUUGUCCAUGCUCCAGAUAACAUAACAUAUGAAGUGGAAACAGAUACAGAAGCAUAUGAUCCAGAUGCUGAGAUGAUCGAAAUUGAACCUAAAGUGCCAAUAAGACUUCUUGGGGGAAAUAGUGAGACUGAAGGGCGACUGCAACUUAAAGUAGAUAAUGAGUGGGGAACUGUUUGCAACUAUGGAUGGACCAUUGAGAAUGCUGCGUUGGUGUGUCAACAAUUGGGAUAUGUCUUAAAUCCAGAUGAUUGGAAUUUGGAAAGGAACGAGAUACCCCAAUCUGGAACCACAGAAAAAGUCAUCCUGUCCAACGUUCAGUGUACUGAUUUCGAUUUAGACAUUUUAGACUGCAAAUCAGAGAAAGUGACAGAUUUUGAAAACUCCUGCAGCCACGAGAACGACGUAGGGAUCAGAUGCUACAAAACUUCAUGGGCUGGAAUAAGGUUUAGUUCUUUAGCCGAUAGAACAGACUUACAGUUUAUUUCCAUCGAGAAAGCUGGAUUGCUAGAUUAUGCAACCAACUCAUUUAAACCUGCUCUUCAAUUGGACUUUGCAAGGCAGAAUUUUGAAAAUAUAAGAGUCACCAACAACGACUACCAUGGCCUUGGAAUAAUAUACUCAGACAUAUUUUCAGAGUCUGUAAAUAUAAUAAAAAAUUCAGAGUUUUCUAACAACAAAGGAGCAGGAAUAAGCCUCAAACAACUGGGAUUGAAUAUUUACAACAGCAAAAUUGAAAAUAACAUCAUGGGCAUUGAACAUAACUCAGUGCUUUCUGGUCUGCAGCAACGAGAAAUAGCAGGAUGGUUUAUCAAAAACGAUGAUGAAAACUAUUACAAUCCAUUUUUGAUUCCUCAGUAUUCAGAUACGAAUGUAAUAGAGUUACUACAAGGGGAAACAAAAUAUUUGGUUACAUCAAACAUUCAUGGCGAUCCUAUAAACCGCUCAUACAAGAUUAGGUGCAAUCCAGGCUGGGUACUUGGUGUUCAGCUUAUUAACCCCAUUGAAAAUAGAAGUACCGAGAGCAUAGUAAUACACGAUGGUUUAACAUCGUCAGCUAAUGCACAAUAUUAUGUUUUGAAACAAGACUUAACAGUAUUUCCAACCACCUCAAGUAGUCAUGGCAUUGUCUUAGACUACAACAGUGGUUCAAAUGCUUUUGGAGGUACGGUUUUGAUCAUUAAUACAGUCAAGGCACCGGUCCAAAACGUUUAUAAAAGAAUAGUUAAAGGCCCUGUACCUACUUUAAGCGUUAGUAGAACUACUAUAAGAAACAAUAUGUUUGGGGUCCAUGCUUCUUACUACAACAGAUACCUGGAUGAACUUGGAAAUCACUUUUUGAGAAAGGCCAAUGAGACCAUGAAGUUCUAUAGCUGUGAAAUCACGAAGAAUACGUACGAAGCUGUUUUUGUACAUUCACCUAACUGGGAUUUACAUAAGAGUAACCUUUCGGAAGUAACUCUUAUGUUCAACAAAAGUUUGAUUAUGGAUAAUGGGAAAGGAGUUUUCCAAUUUUCCAGGGAUAUGAGGUCGUCUAAUAAUUUGUUCCAUUACGUGUUUCAAGAUAACACUAUAGAAAGUAAUAAAGCUGGAGGAUUCGAUGUAGCACUUCCUUACGUAUGGCAGUAUAACGAAAACUUCACUCACUCUGUUUUUAUGGACAACAACACCUGGAUUAACAACAACAACUUUGAAAUAAUAGUCGACGGUCACUUCGCUGUAGUAAAUAUAACCAACAACGUUUUUAGAGAAAAUUACUGCAAAACAGGCCUGUUCGCCUUGAGGGGGAUGGAGAAAAAACUCAAAAUCGUCGGUAACAAGUUCCUUAAUAACAACGGAGAAUACGUUAUGGAGUUCAGCUCCAACAGUCAAUCUGAAAUAAUUGGUAAUGUUCCUGCUGUCUUUAUGUACAACGAGUUGAGAAGCAACAAACGAGUGAUGAGAGGAAGAAGUGGGGUUCUACAAGUCAACCAUGAGCCUACCUGUGUCGUAGGCUUCAGAGGAAUCCAAAAAGUUAGGAUCAACAGAAACUUGUUUGCUGAUAAUUUCUUGGAAUACCAGUUAUUGGCUGGAAUAAAGACAGCUAAGAUAAACCACUACCUUAACGUAAAGGAAAACUGGUGGGGCACCAGGGAUGACAGUGACAUCAAAGAAAAAAUUUUCGAUUUCGAUGAUUGGAAUGAUCACGCUAUUGCUGAGUACAAACCGUAUCUUCUUGAAGAUAAUUUCCAAGCUAGCUACUCAGUGAGCUUCAGUUCGAAUAACUCUAUUGAUUUAGAUGCGUUGGGCGGAAGACUAAACGAAGACUUAAAGCUGACAAAUAGGGGACGCCCUUACGUCAUCAAAUCCGACAUAACUGUGAUGCCCAACGCGACUUUGACCAUUUAUCCGGGUGUUGUUUUGGAGUUUGCUCCUAAUGUGGGCAUUCUAGUUCUGGGGAUACUUAACGCACGAGGGUAUUUAGGAUCAGAAAUUAUAAUGAGGCCUUUAACUGGGGUAGGAAACUUGGAACUCAGAAAUGAUGGAGCAAUUAAUACAAGAAAUAAAAGACAAAUUGAGAACUUGUAUGGUCAGGAUUCUAUAAGGUUAUGCAAAAGUCAGAGCUGUGCAGAAAACGACGAAAGGCUACCGAACGAAGGAUUCUUGGAAUACUUCAACAAAACAACUUUGCAAUGGAUUCCAAUGUGUGAUUCACGGUUCACCGAAAGAAACGCCCAAGUCGUCUGCCGGGAACUCGGGUUCGAUCCUCUUACGGCCUUUUUUGACUUCGGAGUCAGAAUCGACUUCCACAGCAACUCUUUAUCGAGAAUUUGGACAUGGCCAGAACCUCUGCAAUGCAAAGGAACCGAAGGUCAAUACGAAAGUUGUCCAAUAAGACUGAACGGCCAGCAAUUUGGCCAUCGACAUAAAUGUGAAUGGAACUCGAAGUUUGUCUUCAUUCAUUGCGAAAGACAGACCAGAAAACAUAACUAUUGGGGUGGAAUACGGUUUACUGAUGCUGAAUUUGAACGACAAGAAUACAGUUAUAGGAUUCACGAUAUUCAUACGCAUUCAACGGUUCAAUCGUAUGAGUCCACUUUGGAAUACGUUAAAAUCCAAGGUGCUGGUAUUCUACAUAACGAAAAAUCUUCAGCAAUUCAAAGCGUGUUAAGAAGUCCUAGAAUAAAUUACGUUGAUGUUGAUGGAUCUGCUUACAAUGGAAUAGACUUAAUAUCUCCAUCGAAAACAAUGAAUCUACUACAUAACAAUAUUCAAAACUCUUUAGGUGGAGGUCUUAAUAUAUUAUCUCUUUCUGGAGAAGGCAGAGAGUCAGAUGAAUCUAGCUUCACUCCCUUAAGAGACUUACGCGUGCCUUAUAAUCUGUUUAGUCUUAUAGACAUUUGUGAUACACACAAAGAGAUAAGAGUACAAGAAAGAGUUCUUGUUUACUACAAAUAUGACAAUCAUCCUGUCAAUUGUAUUAAAAUAUUUAAGAGUUUUUAUGAUAUUAAACCACUAGGAAUGAGGCUGCUACAAUUUGAUCUGUUUAAUUCUACCACCAAGUAUGGAAUACCAGACCUUUUGCAAAUGUAUGAUGGAGAUAUUUACAAUGUAUCGUCUACUGUGAUUGAUACUAUCACCAUGACGACUGGGAAUGAGAAAAGGUUGUUCAAGUCUAGAUUGCCAAGUUUGAGUGUCAAGUUAUUUGCCAAUGGAGCAUCUUCAGUUCACGGAUUUAUAGCGGAGGUGGUUACCUUGCCAAUUUCAGCCAUUGGAUUCAACCGAGACAUACAACACAACAUCACUAGAUCAAUUAUUAGUAACAACGCUGAAAGUGGACUUACUUACAUGGCAUCUGGAGAGGUUAAUCCAAUUCUUACAGUAGAGAAAAAUCAGUUCAAAAACAACUGUAAGAAAUUAUAUGGAAAUUUCACGACUUGUAAAUCCGGUUUACAGAUUGAUGUUCAAAAUACCCAGACUAUCUUUUUCAGGAGUAAUUUGGUUGAGAAAAAUCAGGGAGGACUGUACAUAAAAUCCGAUUCUAGAGGUUCAGCCACCUCUUUGAGAGGGUAUAUCCACAACAAUCUCUUUGUCAAUAAUUCCAACCUUCCAACGUUGUACAUAGAAGGUAGAAAAUCAUCCCCCUACCAGGAGGUUACUAUAUACAGAAACUACUUCACCAGAAACUAUGCUCAGUACCACAACAACAUUGUUCUAAGACAAGUAGUGUCGAAUUUUUCCUACAACUAUGUCAAACGGAACAUUGGACGACAGAAUUUGGAGGUAUCUGGAUUUGAUAGAGUGAGGUUGAAUAUUUAUCAGACUACAACGCACAAUGGAUUUUAUAACAACUUUGCGGUGGAACGCGACAGUAGAUCGACAGUUGUAGCAGGAACUGCUGGACAACAUUACGUUGAUAACAUCUUCUUUGAUCCUGAUAACGAUUACGAAAUGAUUACUGUCAACCGAUCUUUAUUUGAAUUCAACAGCACUUUUCCGUUAUGGGACGUGAGAAUAGAUGCCGCGAACAAUUAUUGGGGAGUCAAUACAUCUCUGGCUGUGAGAGGAAGAAUAAAAGACCAAAGUGACGAUCCACGGCUACUGGAAGUGAUCUACGCACCGUAUUAUAUGAACAAUCAAACGAUCUUAGAUGGGAAAUGCCCUCCUGGAUGGGAACUUGUAGGUGAAACCUGCUACAUGUAUGUUGGUGCUCCAAUGACCUUCUGGGAAGCUAAAGCUUUUUGUCAGGAAGACAACGCCUCUAUGCCAUAUCUGCUAGGAAACAUCAACUAUCUGCCUCUAUUUGAUUUCUUAAGAAGACAAAACGAAUGGUACCUUUAUUCCGAUAAGGUUUGGGUUCAGCACAUCGAUAGGAUCAAUGAGUGUACCAUAUUUGCCUACCAAACGGUAGAAAUUGAAAAUUGCGAAAGAAGAAGUCCAUUUAUUUGUGAAAUAGAUCCCAAGGUUCAGAUUAGGAUCCUUCCUCUGGCUGACGACUUCAUAACAAUAUCUGUGAUAAGUAGUUUAGUUCUAGCAGUUAUAUUAAUAAUUAUAGUCGUCGCAUGCUGGUGGACCAAGUCUAAAUUCAGAAAAGCUCAACGGCUUGAGAGGAGGAACAGUAUACGACAGAGUUUGCAUUCUCUCAGAUCCAUCGGAAUGUCUCAGAGUAGCUUCGCUGAUCCUGGAUACAGACGUAAACAAAAUCAGAUGAGUACCCGAUCUACCGACACGCUAACGAAGAAAAUGAUAACCAACGGAUCAAUAGACAGCAUGGAGAAGUCCGCAUAUAGUUCUUCUAUAGAUGAAAACCAAUCAUACGACGUAUAUGAAUCGCAUAACCCCAACCCUACAGCAUUUUCAUUUACUCCAACUAUAGAGUACCACAAAUCUCCAGCCAGAUACGAAAAUCAACCCACAAGACCUACAUUUGACUUAUCAUUUAAAAACGAAGGCUUCAGAGACAAUUCUACUUUUGCAUCAAACUCGAACUACCAGUCUAGAGCUGACAGCGUUGUUCAAGACGAAUCGUCCGAAGAAAGCCCUAUCAUGGAUAAAAGCAGUGACAUAACUUCAUAUCCUCCAAGUGAAUAUUACAAUACGGACACUUUACCGCUAAAUAAUAAAUCGGAUUCAACUUUGAAUCUAAAAAGAGGUAUAGAAGAAUCUAAUAAGGGUUAUGACUAUAGUUUGAUGCAAGAACUAAAGAACAAGUUACCUCAAAAGAAACCACCGACUCCUCCUAGGAAAUAUUCCCCCACGUACUCGGACCAACUCGGAAAUAUGCAGUUUUCUCCCGAUUAUAACACAAUAGGCUUGGCCUAUCCCAGUGAAACCAGGUCACAAUCGGCGAGUCUUCUAGAAACCGAUUUCGACGAACCAGUUCCUCCUAAGCCCAAACCGAAGACUAGGGCACGAAGUGAAGUCUUACUAGAAACCAAUUUUGACUACACUCCACCAGGUGGUAGUCCUCAGUUUAACGAACCUCUCUCUGAUGCUAAUAGAAGCAGAAGUCAGCCUUUGGAGACUGCGAUGUAGAAUGUAAAUAUCAAAGUGUGGUGAAGUAGUGCAAGAAUAUAUCUGAAUCUUAUCUAGCUCUAAUCGUCAAAAUGGUUGUUAAACCUAUAGACUGACUGGCAAGUGUCAGGUGGUAACAAUCUCGGAUUAGCAGCUUUUAAACUAGAUUUGUGGAACGACAAUCUAGCCCAGUUACUUGAGUGGUGCAUUUUUAAAUGAAAAAUAAAUCUAGCUCAAGGGAAGAACAACGAUAGGAUCAAUCUAUCAGUGCAGUUUAUAUUUUCCGAUAUUGCGUGAACGAGGGUAUAACCAAAAGCAGUCAUUAUAAUCCCUUAGGUUUUUAUUGACAUUAGUGUUAAAACAAAAGGUGCAAUUAUUGACGAAGCAAGUGUGAUAUUCAUACAGUAGUACCGUAGUAGGUACUAUUUGCAAUGUUAUUUUGUUUUUUACAAAGACACAACAUUUAUAUAGCGGUUGUUUAUAAAAUAUUAUUUAUAUAUUAAA